UCAAAACCCUCUGGUUUCAUCUGAAUCCGUUUGAUGAGCUCAUGUUUUGUGUUCAGCUCUCAGAAGAUCAGGACGUUGACCAAAGCUCUGACUCCAUCGUUCCUGAGGUUCGGUGGAACGAGACAAGACUUCAUGGUUUUCACUCCUCAGAGGAAACAUCUGGAAACAUCAGGCGUCGCUGCAGCUCCGUCCUGUGAUGAAGAGGCGUUGCCGUCGUGGUUGGAGGACAGACUGAAGAAGGAGUGGAAGACGCAGCAGCUGAUCCUGAUGAGAGAAGACGCUCAGAGGAAGUACAGGAAGGUCAAGUUCACAGAGCUGACCGUGGACCUGCUGAACUCGUUCUCCAGCUGUUCGGGGACGGAUCUGAUCUUCGGGCUGAACGCUCUCCUCAGAACAGACGACAACAGCUGGAACAGCAGCAACGCUCGCUCCCUGCUGCAGUACUGCGAGUCCAGACGCUACGCCGUGUCCUGGGAGCUGGGAAACGAACCCAACAGUUUCGUGAAGAAGGCCGGGAUCCGAGUGGACGGACAUCAGCUCGGAAAGGACUUCACCCGUCUCCGAGAGAUGAUGUCAGAGUCCAAAUUUUACCAUGGCGCCGGGCUGUACGGGCCGGACGUGGGCCAACCGCGAGACCACAGGAUCGACAUCCUGGAGGGGUUCCUGCAGAGCGGAGCGGACGCCAUCGACGCCUGUACCUGGCACCAUUACUAUGUGAACGGCAGAGACACGUCCCUGGAGGAUUUUCUGGAUCCAGAGAUUCUCGACUCUCUGACGUUAAAGGCCAAAGAAGUUCUGAGGAGAGUAAAGACGGCGUCCCCGGGGAAGGCGGUUUGGCUCGGAGAGACGAGCUCGGCGUACGGAGGAGGAGCUGUGGGUCUGUCUGACGCGUUCGUCGCAGGAUUCAUGUGA